AUGGGGUACGGGUUUGAAGAGCACGAGAGUAUCCGGUUUCUCACGCGGCCCGACUUUUUCAAGUUCUUGUUUGUGCGCAACCCGUUUACACGGAUUGCGUCGGCGUAUCUGAACAAGCAUGUGAAUGGGGUGGGCUUGCACGGACGCAAGUACUGGAACGAGCGCUUCUUUAUGGGAAUCCAAGCGUACAACACGUUCAUGAAGAGCCAGAACGGCAGCGACUUCAUCCCCUUCUCCACCUUCAUGUCGUUCCUGCAGCAACGAGCCACACGCUGCGUCGAGUGCAUGGACCCCCAUGUUCGCCCCCAGAUUGACCUGUGCAAGUUGAAUGCGAUCCGAUAUGAUUUUAUUGGGCGGUUUGAGAAUCUAGAGGAGGAUGUGGCAAAGGUGAUGCGGCAGUUUGGACAGGAGGAGAAGAAUCCCUUCCAUGAUGCCCAUUGGGCCCACCCAAUUAAUGCUUAA